AUAUAUACGUGUUUACAUUUCAUCAUCACCUUUAUGCACUCACGCUCGCGCACAUAUUUGAACUGUUUCAUAGUUUGAAAUAAGCGAAAUCGAAGGCAUAUCAAAUCACACGUGACACGCAAAAAUACCAAAGUUGACCGAAAAGAUUUAAAAAAAAAAAAAAAAUGACCAAGGGUAAAACGCAGAUCGAUAACCAAUUACGCGGCACGGCCCCAAGCACGCAGCAAAAGCUUACACGAGAAUGUAUUUCAAUACAUGUCGGUCAAGCGGGAGUGCAGAUUGGAAACGCUUGCUGGGAACUGUAUUGCUUGGAGCACGGUAUUCAUCCAAGUGGUUACCUUCAGCAAGACAACCCAGAUGAUGCAGACUUAAAUGAAGAAAUUUCUUUCAAUGCCUUCUUCAGGGAGACAACUGCUGGCAAGCAUGUUCCUAGAGCUGUAUAUGUUGACUUGGAGCCUAGUGUCGUAGAUGAAGUUCGCACAGGCAUGUACAGUCAGCUUUUCCACCCCGAACAACUCAUUAGCGGUAAAGAAGAUGCUGCCAACAACUACGCAAGAGGUCACUACACAGUUGGUAGAGAAAUAAUUGACCAAGUCCUGAACUCCAUCAGGAAAAUGGCCGAUCAAUGUUCUGGAUUGCAAGGUUUCCUCGUGUUCCAUAGUUUUGGUGGCGGCACCGGUAGUGGUUUCUCCUCACUCCUAAUGGAAAGACUAUCUUCAGAUUACGGCAAGAAAUCCAAAUUAGAAUUCGCCGUGUAUCCAGCACCUCUGAUAUCUACAGCAGUUGUUGAACCAUAUAACUCCAUUCUUACUACUCAUACCACACUUGAACACUCCGACUGUGCAUUUGUAGUUGAUAACGAAGCAAUAUAUGACAUCUGCCGACGUAACUUAGAUAUUGAAAGACCAACCUACACAAACCUAAAUCGAUUGAUUGGACAAAUCGUCUCUUCAAUAACAGCGUCUCUUCGUUUUGAUGGAGCCUUGAAUGUAGAUCUUACUGAAUUUCAAACAAAUCUUGUUCCUUAUCCAAGAAUUCAUUUUCCUCUUGUUACAUAUGCACCGAUUAUAUCUGCUGAGAAAGCCUACCACGAGCAAUUGACGGUUCACGAGAUUACAAACGCAUGCUUUAAUACAACUAACCAAAUGGUAAAAUGUGACUUGCAGCAAGGGAAGUACAUGUCAUGCUGUAUGUUGUACAGAGGAGACGUGGCACCAAAAGAUGUCAACUCUGCUAUCGCAGCCAUCAAGACGAGAAAUUCAAUCCAGUUUGUGGAUUGGUGUCCUACCGGCUUCAAAGUAGGAAUAAAUAACCAACCCCCAACACUUGUUCCAGGUGGAGAUCUUGCACGUGUAGAACGUGCUGUAUGUAUGCUGAGUAAUACAACGGCUAUUGCACAGGCUUGGGCAAGACUUGAUAGAAAGUUUGAUUUGAUGUAUGCAAAGAGAGCGUUCGUCCAUUGGUAUGUUGGUGAAGGAAUGGAAGAAGGCGAAUUCAGUGAAGCGAGGGAAGACAUGGCGACAUUAGAAAAAGACUAUGAAGAGGUUGGACAUGAAUCAGAUUCAGAUGAGGAUGAAGAGGAGAAUGAAUUCUAAAAGUUGAAAAAUAAUGAAACGAAUAUAUAUAUUUAUUUAACUAUUAACUUAUAUAUUUAUUUAACUAUUAACUUAUUUAUUUAUUAAUUUAUUACAAAAUUCAUUUCGCCAGUUUACUCCUGUAUGUUUAUUCAUCUUUUACUGCAUUAAUUAUGAAAUUCGUCUUUCUGUGUUUCUACUUUUCUAUUUGUGAGUACAUCCGUGUAUUUUCUUCAUAGUAUUUAUUAAAUUUAUUUAUUCUUUCGUGAUUCUAUCAAACUGCCCCUUUCAAUUUAAACUUGAUUAUUAAUAAUUGACCCAUAAUAAAUGGUAAUAUUUAACUAUUGCUCUGAAAUUCUUUGUUUCCAGUUUCCUAUUCUGAAAAAUGUAUUGAUAGAUUUUAGGAAGAUGCCACAUAAAUACAUGUAUAUAUUGAAGUAAUUUUUAUUAAAUGUUGUAUAUGAGUUGUAAACGCAUUGGAAUCGACAGAUCCAAGACACUUAAUACUCUCCCAAAAUAUACAGCACACGAUUUCACAUCAGAAUUUUGCGAAACAAAAAUAUUUCAUACAUAAGCGCGCGCGCGUGUCUGUGUGUGAUUCCGUGUGUACUUUUGUGUAACAAGCAAUGCGGUGACCGAUGAGCUAGCAGGAGGAAAGAAAGGAAGCUAGAACUCUGCUGAAUAACUCCUCAUCAACAAAGCUGAACUUAACGAGGCAAAACGCCGAAAUCUGCUGAUUUUAAGACGUUUAACUUCGCUCCUCCUUCGUAACUAACAGAUUCAUUACACCGUAAAAUGGUUCCAACUGCUAUAGUCCAAUAUUUUAACGUGUAUCAGAUCGGGUGUGCGCAUGCGGAUUUCCUUUCAGUUUCCGUUUACAAAAUCCACCCACAAGUAGACCCGUGGCUAUAGUAGAAGACACAUCCCCAAGGUGUCACGCAGUAGAAUUGAACCCGGAACUAUAUGGUUGAGGAGCAAACUUUCUACCACAAAGCCUUGCACACACACAUACACACACA